AUCAACUGGCUAGGCUAGCAAGUAACUUUGCUCAAGAAGAUUUUUCCCUAAAAAUUUUCACGAUCGUGAUUUACCUUUUUUCUCCGACUCCGCCACACAUCAAGGAAACGCCAUGGCAACAUCCAGUCAACGCAGUGAUCUCCCGGCGAAGCGUAAAAAGGCAGAUUCUACUGAUUCGGCUUCAUCGACCGACGAUCUGUUGUUAGCAAGCCCACCCGAAUACACAAAGUCACUACGCGGGGGAAUUGGAUCAAUCGAUAAGAAAAUAUCGAUAGCAUUAGAAAUCCUUCAAGCCGAGAUUAAAGAGUUAAAAGGAACAGAAAUAUCUUUUCGAAUGAAUUCCCUGGAGGUUUAGCGACGAUGUCGUCACGUUAGAAAAGGGAGCGAAAGUUGAAAUCGGUUUGGAGUGAAAUCAGCGCGGUUCAUUUGAAAACUGCGGAGACGGUGCGAGCGAACGUUUUCUGAAAAUUCAUUUGGCUGGCAAAGGUCCGAGAACGAAUUUCGCUCCCCCGGAAACGAGCUCCGCCCACCUUCUGCGUGAAGGCCUGCAGGUUGCGGUCGGCGGUUCCCACCACCACGUUCUUGCCGACCCUCAGCAGGCCGACGGGAUGCGAGGUCAGCUCCACGCGGUAUUUGGCUCUCUCAGAGUCCCUGAGAAAGGACGCCGAGAGCUCGGAAGGACGCCGGGCGAGCCCUCGCCGGCGGAGGCCGACCUACCUGCGGAGGACGUAGAUGUUCCCGUCGCGGCACGCCGCCGUGAUGCGGAACUCCACGUCGAACUGACCCGUCACGUCCAUGGCGGUGGGCGGGGCCGGCAGCGACAUCUGCCGCGCGAAGAAGGACAGAGCGACGGGCGGUCAGACGGAGCGAGAACGACGGACCGGGCGGAAGAAAGACGGAGGCCGCCGAACGACCUUUGCCAGAAUGAUGAAAGCCUCGGGGUCCAGCACGUAAAGAUGGGCGCUCUCGGUGCCGAUCAGCAGGCAGCUGACGCCGUCCUCGUCCGCCGUGCUCUUCUUCAGCGUGGAGAUGCACGUGAUGACCGUCUGCGGAAGAGACGCGCGCGGCGUCACGCGCGAGGCGGAGCGGCGGACGGCCCGAGCGUACCUGUCGUUUGACGGGCUGUUGCCCGUGCAGCCGGACAAAGUCUUCCAGGUUCUCGGCGUCCGUCGACAGGAAGCGGAGCGAGCGCGCGGACAAGGGCGCGUCCGACUUAUUCCUCAGGCUCUCCAACAGCUCCUUGAGGGCCGGGGGGUCGAUGCGGCCCUCCCUCGCCUCCCGCCAGGCGUCCUGCCGACGGCCGCGCCGUCGUCACAAAUUUCUCGGUCGAGGCGGGACGAGCGACCCACCUGCUCCGACUCGUCGACUCCGAGUCCGGGCAGCGUGAACUUGAAGUAGGGUCUGAGGUUCUUGUAGACGUAGACGCAAGAACCGGACGCCACGGCCACGGCGGGGACGCGAGGCUCGUGCAGAUCCAUGAAGAAGGUUACCAGGCCGCACGGGAGGUCCAGCAGGACGCUCUCGCCGCUCAGCGCCGUCCCCUGGUAGACCUUGAGCUUGACGGCCGGCCGGUGACCGCCACCCAGGUCGGCCGCCACCAGCCGGGCGUCCCCGUCCCCGCUCAGGUCGGCCAGCGCCACGCAGGAAGUGAAGCAAAACAAGCAUUGGAGCGGAUGGAUUUUGUUUGACGACGAGACCGGCCGGCGAGGAUGGAUACUUGUUUAGGCGGAAUGCGGCCGGGGCCGGUGCCGGGGCCGGUGCCGGUGGACGACAUCAAGCGAGACCUUCUGGGCGAAUUUUCCGCUCUGUCGAAAGAGGAUGAAGUUACGAGCCAGUCAGAGAACCUACAGGUCUACCUGAGGGUUCGACCUUUCACGGGAGCGGAGGGCGAGUCGCAGGAAUGCUGCUUGGCCAUCGAGGGGCCGAACACGGUGGUCCUCAAGGCUCCCGGCAACAAGAGCCUUCCGCAAACGGCGCAGAGGUUCACCUUCACCCAGGUCUUCGGUCCGGACGCCGGCCAGAGGCGAGUGUUCGAGGGAUCGGUCCGCGCUUUGGUGCGAGACGUGCUGCACGGACAAAACGCUUUGGUCUUUACCUACGGAGUCACCAACGCCGGGAAGACCUUCACCUUGCUCGGACCGGAGCACGACGGCGGGCUGCUGCCGCGCUGUCUGCGGCUCAUCUUCGACAGCGCGGAAGGUCGCCUGUACGCCGGCGGCGACCUGAAACCUCACCGCUGUCGAGAUUUCAGCCGACUGACUCCGGAGCGGCAGAAAGCCGAGAGCGCCCUGAAAAAGAGUCUGCUGGGAACCGUGCAAGAGAAUGACAAAAGCGGGACAUCCGCCCGAUGGACUUCGCUUGACGCCUCUUCCCUGAGCUCCGAUGGCGGCGCGGGGAGCGACCGCUUCUUUCCGGACGUCCCCGCAGACGUUCGCUUCUCCGUCUGGGUCUCCUACUGCGAAAUUUACAACGACAACAUUCACGACCUGUUGGAGCAGGUAACGCCCGUGCGCGUGCGCGUCCCCGACGGUUUGACGGGUCGAAUCCCUCGUCUUCAGGUCCCCUGCGGAAACGGCAAGAGGACGGCACUUCGUCUGUCUCAGGACGUCAAAGGGAACCCCUUCAUCAAGGAUGUGAAGUGGAUCCAAGUGAGCGGCUCCGAGGAGGCCUUCAAAAUCGUCAAGAUCGGCAGGAAGAACCAAAGUUUGGCUUCCACCAGACUCAACCGGCAGUCCAGCAGGAGCCACAGCAUCUUCUCCGUCAGGAUCCUGCGCGUGGACUCUUCGGCCGCGGAGGGCCGAUUCCUGGGCGUCGGCGAGCUGGCCUUGUGCGACCUGGCCGGCUCGGAGCGCUGCUCGCGUACUCGCAAUACGGGCGAACGGCUGAAGGAGGCGGGAAACAUCAACGGCUCGCUGCUGGCGCUGGGCAAAUGCAUCGGCGCCAUGCGGCUCAAGCGGAACGCCGGCCGGCGCGACAACAGGUUCCCGCAUCACGUCCCCUUCCGGGAGUCCAAGCUGACCCACUUCCUGCAGCAGUUCCUCAGCGGCGGCGCCGGCAAGGUGUCCAUGGUGGUCAACGUCAACCAGGACGCCUCGUGCGCCGACGAGACGCUCAACGUCCUCAAGUUCUCCGCCCUGGCCCAGAAGGUGACGGUGUCGUACCCGAAGCCGGCCGGCCCGGACCGCGCCGCCGUCAGGUCGGCCGCCGAAGUGUCCGUCCUCAUCGACGAAGCCGACCGGCGCGGGGCCGCCUCGGCGCGGGGACGAAAAACGUCCUCGGCGUCCUGGGAGACCAGCCUGGAGGAUCUGGCGGAGAACGACGAAGAGGAGACGGAGGCCACGGUGCUCGGAGCGGACGAGGAUGACGACGUACUCUUUCCCGCCGCCGAGCGGCCGACUGACCGGGCGGCGGCGCGUCUGGUACUGGAAGCUCAGAUCAGAGAGGAGGUGUGCGCCCAGUUCACCGAGAUUUUCCACAAGAUGGAGAAAGACUACAGAGAGCGACUGGAGAGGGAGCGAGACAUCCUGGAAGAGCGAGCCAACGCGCGGCUGGAGAUCCUCAAGAACCUCCUCGGCGCCGAGAAAUCGCGGGCCGCGCAGACGGCGGAAUCCGCGAUCGGCUCGGUCGGGGAAGAUCCGAAGAGCCGAGAGGACGCCGAGAGCGCGCGACGACAACUGCUGCUGGCCGAUCAGGACCAGGAUGAGAAAGAAAGGCUCGACGCAGAGGUGAAGCGGCUAAGGGAGGAUAACCUGGAGAAGGACGACGCCAUCUCCAGGCUGCGCGAGGAAGUGCGUCUGCUGACGGGUAAGACGGCGCCGACGGCCGGGACGGGCCGGCGUCUUCAAUUCCCGUUUGCCGCCUCGCCCGGCGUAGAGAAGGAGGACGAGCGAGCGACGGGAGACGACCCGACCCUUGCCGACCAAAUACUUGAACUGCAGAUGCAGCGUAAUGAUCCUGUCCACCAGGUGCGCUCGCUGCAGUCCAAACUACGGCAGGAAGCGGAGGGAGCCGCCGUCGCCCCGCGCCGACCCGAUGACGGGCGCCCCGACGCCUUCCGCGCCAACAUGGCCCGAGUGCGGGAGGAGUGGGAGGCGGACGCGGAGAGCUCCGCCCGCAAAUCCCGAAUCAUCCGGGAAAUCACGCAGGAAAAGCUGGCCAGCGAUCAGAGGUGCGAGCGUCUGGCGGAAGAAUUAGCGGAGCGGGAAGCGGAUUACUCCCGCCGCCUCGAGGAACUGAGGGCGGAGCUCCGGCGACGGGACCGGACGGAGCCGGACCGCCGGCGAGAACCGGAGCACCUCGAGGAGAAGGCGGAGACGCCGGCGGAGGAAUCCGAGAAACCCCACGUAACGCCCGAUGCCUCCCGAUCAAAAACCGCGGGUGGGAAAAGGAAAAGCUCCCAAGUCGAGGGCUUGUCCUCGAGCAGCGCCAAGCGAAAGAAGCCGGCGGACGUCACCGGCGCGGCACGGGUGAGACGUGCCGCCGAUCGGUCGGCCUCGUUUGCCGCUCCUUCAUUUUUUCAAAUCCCCGAGGCCCCCUACCAGGUCCCGGCGCCGCGCUCCAAAUCUCGACGAGGACGGAGGAAGCUUUACGGGAAGGAAACUGCCGCGCCGCUCGCGAUUUCGCCGGACGCGACAUGCGCGACGGGAGGCGCGGAGCAAAAGGAAAGCGAUCACACGAUCAUCAAGCGCAAGUUGCGCUCCAAAGCCGCGAGAAUGUGAUUGAUUUUGUCAACUGAAAAUGGCCGAAAGCUCGGCGACCUUCCGGGAGGGCAAAUGAAGCUUCGCCGCCAUUGAUGGCUCUGGACGGCCGGGGGACAUCAUUUGGAUCGGACGUCUCAUCUGAAACGGCCAAAGACCCGCCAUCCUUGGAAGCCUUCGCCGCCGGCCAGCCGGCCGGCCAAAACGCGUUGAGUGCCCGGUUCAAACGGAAGCACUGAAACUUUUUUCCAAUUUUAUUUAAAGGGAUAUAUGUCAAUCACAGGCAUCCUCUUGGAAAAUGUUCUUUCUUCCUAGUUGUGCACUCUUAUUUUCCGACAUCAAAAAUCCACGCUCCUCCGUCAUCCUUGUCCAACGAGAUAAAUGUGAAAAUGGUUACUGGUUAUCUUUACAAAAUAAAUGUUGAAU